CGCAUUCCUUCGUGAUUCGUCUUUUCAUUCAUCUUGAGCAAUGCGAUUGUUGCGAUCUCUGUUUUGGGGUUUCUUUGGACCAGAGCGAUAGGACCUCAUGUGCACAUGCAUACAGCAAAACUUCAAAUUUCCCGCCGAAGCUUAGGGUUGGUUCCUGUAAAGUCGAGGGUUCUCUUCGGCGGUCUUUUCAUCAGGUCAUCAGUGUAUUAAAAAAAAACACCUCUGGAGAUCGUGUAGUAGAUCAGACAGAGAAAAUGGCUACCCUAGUAGUUGCCAUGGUGAUGCUUGGAAUAGUGAAACAAAUGGACUGUAUUCCCGUUGACCAGCUACUUUCCAUGCAGACAAAAGAUACAUUCCUUCCAAGCAUGGGGAUUUCUGGUUCUACUCAAAGGGAGAAUGUGCUACAAAGCUUGCUUCAGUAUGCAGAUAAAGCAAGCAAAAACAAAAUGGAGCAGAUAAAGUUGCAACCUGACAGUGUGAACAGAUUGUCGAGAAGAAAAAGAAGUGCAGAGGAAACAGAGAACACCAUAGACGAUGCAGCUGGAGAUAUGUUGGAGCUGGUAUCCAUCACAGAGGUACUCUCUUUGCCUGUGGAUUACCCCAAUGACGUUGAGUCUCUGUACUACGACGAUGACCUCUAUAUCAUCAUCACCCAUGCAAGUAGCACAUCAAAUCCAUCGUACUGUGAUGAAGUUCAUGUCUACAGAUUUGACAACCAAACAUGGGUGGCAGAGCUUGUUCUUGUUUAUAGUGCUCCUGAUGUCCAAGAUGUGGAUUUCUUUGUUUACGAUGGACUCUAUUAUGUACUGGUGGCGCAAUUUGGUGAUGGAAGCUCAAGCUCCUCUGGACUCUUUGUAUACCUGUGGAAUAUAGACCAAGACCCUGAUUCUCAGAUGUUCUAUUUGAUGCAGAGACUAAAGAUAUCGGAGCCAACAAUAGUAGAAACCAUCGUCGGUGGUGACACCCAGUUUAUUGUUGUUGCUGAGAGGCCACAUUUGGCUCUCAAUGUAGAGGCUGCAGUCAUGUAUGAGUGGAAAGGUGGUCAUAUGGACGAAUUUGCAGUUUUUCCUCAGUCCAAUCUGGUUAGUAUUGUACCAUUUUGCAUCUUCAGUCGAGUCUUCCUUGGCCUGGCAAGCAGCGCUUCGGAUAGCGGUGAACCAACGGCUGAAUCUCAGAUCCUUCUCUACAAUCUUCAUCUACACCAAUUUGAGAGCUUUCAGACGCUGACCACUUACGGGGCUCUUGAGAUGGACGUGUUCACGUUUGGCUCUGGCUUUGAAUUGGAAUCCUUUCUUCUUGUUGCCAACACUUACGAUGAGAAAGGUAGAACACCAAAGUCUGUCAUCUAUAAGUACUUGGACAAUCGUUUCUUACCGUUCCAAUGCUUUGAAGUAGCAAACAUGCGUGGGUGGCACACUAUCGUAGGAGAGAACAAAGCUUUUGUCAGCCUCAUAAUAUACACUGAAACAAACGUCAUCGUAUACGAGUACAACGGCUGGACAUUCCAAUUAUCAACUGAGCAAUUCGAUACAUCCUCCAUCGCAAUACCAAUCAAUACAGUGUCGGUUCUCUAUUCUGAUUUUAGAGCUGACUUGGUCUUUGCGAGCCAUGCCGCACAAAAUGAACAAGACAUAAACCUUUUCAAACUAAAGUUUCACCCUGUUAACCUUGCUUCGAAUUUGGUUGACGUAUCGGAGUCAGUAUGUGACGAUGAGAUGGCUGAAUAUGAGAACAUUACUAAUAUUCAUACAAAUAUCAUCAUCAAAGUGCCGGAAGUGGUCAACGUGGACUUUGGUAAUUUCAGUGUUGGUGCAAACUCCUCCUUUUUAGAUGGGAUUUCAGCUGAAGACGUACAAGUGGACGAUGUUGAAGUUAAAGAUGAUCAGGUCUUGACGAAUGCUGAGAAAGCCCAGUUGGCAAGGAUCAUUGGAAAGAUGGACACAAAUGCUGGAAUGAUUUCUACUAUGGAGACUGAACUUCCUAAUACAGUUCUAUUAAAUACAUCCCCUCAGACGGUCUCAGGUCAAAAGACUUUUGCUUCCUUUAAUGCAGUGGGUGACCCUUCACCUUCGACCCUCACUGUAACCUCUGACUUUGUGAACACUGAUAUCAAUGUUCAGGAUCUUUAUGAUGAAUAUAUAGACAAAACUGCUGAUGUAGAUAUAUCUGUCACCUUGACCAUUAGUGGAGGCAUCGAUGUGACGGGAGAACUGACUACGACAGGUACGGUAGAUGAUGUAGAUAUGACGGAAAUAGUCACACUCUCUAGAGACCACACCAUUACAGGAGUCAAGACAUUUACUGGUUUAAUAACUGCAAAUGGAGAUAUUGAUGUUGAUGGAACCGUUGACGGUGUCACCCUGACAACGACGACCGUCCUGCAGACCACAGGAACUCAGACAGUGAGUGGAUCAUAUACCUUCAGCGCUUCAAUCACAGCUACUGAGAAUGUGAUUGUUACUGGUAUGGUGGAUGGUGUGGAUCUAUCAGAGCUCAAAGAUGAAGCUGUUUAUCUUGCCGGGGACCAUGAUAUCACCGGUCCCAUGACAUUCAAUGGUGCAGUGACCAUGGGUGCUGGUCUAACGGUCACUGAUGGGAAUACAGUGGACGGAGUGGACAUUGAAGACCUUGAUGCUAACAUACUACGCAAGACUGUAGAGCAGGAUGUAUCUGCGACAUAUACCUUCACCUCCCCACUGACUGUAGAGGGCGACGUCACUGUUGAUGGAUUAGUAGAUAAGUUGAACUUUCCGUUUGAUGUCGUUCUGAUUGAUGAUCCUAACCUGGUUCACAUGGCAGGACCUCUGCAGUUUACAAGUGAUCUCUAUUUGGAGUCUCUUACCCUACGAGAUCAUAUCAAUAACAUCAAUGCUCUUGAUCCAUACAACAACCUUGACCUGCUACUCACAGCUCCUAAGAACACCAAGAAAGUUCAGCAAAUGACGGGAAGUAUUGAGUUUGGUGGCAACAUCUACCUCAAUGAUACCACCCUCAUAAAGGACAGGGUUGAUGGUGUCAACCUGAAGACGACGGUUCCAGAUACUGUCUUGAACUAUGGAGACCAGACAAUUACAGGAUCAAAAACCUUUGCAAAGAACGUGGACAUCGAAGGGACGCUAACAGUGACUGACGACAUCGAUUCAGUAGAUAUCAAUGAUCUAGAUGAUAAUGCCAUCAAACUCAGUAGUGGCAACCUGGGUUCAACUGGAAAUCUGGAUUUCAGUGGAGAUAUUGAGUUCCAGGAUACAAUCACCACCAACACCUUGUACACCUUCGGAGAAACCCUCGUUCUCUCUGAUCUCGUCACUCAAGGAACCGAGGAGACGAUCGGUGGCGCCAAGUCCUUCUCUGCAGUGACAUCCAGUGACAAUAUCCAGGUAACGUCCAACAUCAAUGAUGUCCCCAUUGAUAGACUCUACAGCGAUGCAGUCAAGCUGGAUGAUUCAACAGCGGUGUCUGUCUCGGGGUCAUGGGAUUUCAGCAAUGAUGUCGUAAUUGGAUCGACCUUAAGUGUAACCGGUGAUAUUGAUGGUAUUGACUUGGAUGAUGCUGUAACAGUCACUGGUGAUCAAACAAUCACCAGCGAUACCUCGUUCACCCAGACUGUGACAGCGUCAACAAGUUUUUCUGUCGAUGGUAACUUGGUGCUCUCUGGGGACUUAAAUGAUGAAGACGUAUCGUCAGUAGCAAGUGACACUCUGAAAUGUUCAGGUGUACAGGAAGUAGCAGGAAGUAAAACCUUUGCGACUCUGACCAUUGAAGACAACCUUGUAGUCACUGGUACCGUUGGAACGGUGGAUGUCUCUGAUAUGUACGAUGAUGCAGUCUUCAUCACAGGAGAUCAAGAUAUUGAUGGUGUCAAGACAUUCUCUGCAGCUCCAUCUUUCACUGAUGUUGACUUCAAUGAUAAUGUGGAUGGUAUCAGUGUUCCUGGCUUCUUUAACACGGUCUUGACCCAAGACACAACCCAGGAAGUUAUAGGCCAGGUUCAAACUGUUGAUGUUAAGAUAGAGGAUGAUGUCUCAGUGACUAGUACCGUCAACACAUUGGUCCUUGAGGAUAUGUGGGCAGACUCAGCAAAGACUACAGAUUCUUCGUACACAGUGCCUAUCACAUUAUCUGAUGUGGAUUCUGAGAAUGAUGUGACUGUUACGGGAUCAGUAGAUGGGAUUGUCAUCCGAAGAGAUGUAGCCAUAUCAAGUGUAGCAGAUCAGGUGUUUACAGGCUCUAAGAGCUUUGAAGCUGAUGUAUCUUUUGGAGCAAACAUUGAUGUUGUAGUGGUCAAUACUAUCGAUAUCUUGUCGUUAUGGAAUAAUGUUGUAAAGAAUGUUGGCAAUCAGGAUAUCACAGAGGGGAAAACAUUUACAAAUGGAAUAACCAUCAAUGGGAACCUUGCAGUAACAGGUACGGUGGAUGGUGUGGAUGUAUCUGACCUCAAAGCUCGUGCUGUAGUGACUUCGGACGUUGCGAAUGCUGUUCAGACCAUUACCGCAGCCGUCACUCUCUCCGAUGUUACUGCUGAAAUGAAUGUCAACUACGAUGGAACCGUCCAAACUGUUAAUAUCCAGGACUUGGACACUUACUACUUCAGCCGUUCGGCCUCCUCGCAAACCAUCACUGGUAGCAAACGCUACACAGGUGAUGUUACCAUAGCAACCGGUGCUUCUAUAAGUGUGACUGCCCUUGACCUUGACGGGACUUUGAAUACACACGACAUGGACCAGCUGUUUACAGAAGUCUGGAUGGAUGAUGGCGUUGAUACUGUGUACGGUGUCAAGACGUUUCAGCAGUGUAUUACUAUCAAAGGUGACCUGCUUGUUGAUGUCGUCAUCGAUGGCGUCGAUGUAUCUGGCAAUGUCAUGGUAACCAAUGAAAACCAGCUCGUAACUGGAUUCAAAAUAUUCAGCUCUGAUGUCGAAAUCGAUGGGCAGAAUCUCAACUUUGAGAAUGUCAUAACCAUUGAUGGUGUGGACGUUUCUGAUUGGGGAGCGAAUGCAGUCUUGAAGGACUCCGGCUAUACCAUUACUGUAGAUCUAUCAUUUGAAUCAAUCCACUUUGAUGGUGAUCUUGUUGUGGAUGGGCAAUGCAGCGGGCUUGAUUUUUCCCCAACAAACUUCAUGACCAAAUCCAGAGAUCAGGUAGUCACUGCUGUCAAAACGUUUCAAUAUGGUGUCAUGUUUUCAGGGAACAUGGAUGUUACUGGAACGGUUCAAGGGGCUGAUGUAGAGGUCAUUAAAACUACUUCAUUAUUGGUGUCGGGUGACCAAACCAUCUCCGGUUCUAUGACUAUUCAGACCAGUCCAACGUUUACCAACAUCACUACAACAGCUCUCAUCGAUGGAGAGGAUGUGGUGGAGCUCUAUCUACGUACCCAUAAUACACUAGAUCUGGAUGAUUUUGAAGAGUUCCUGGAUGAUCAGUGUCAUCUCAUCGAUGGCAUGCAUGAUGCAUUCCAAAACCAAGCCUAUAUUUUGAGGUAUCCAGAGCUGGUCCAAACCAUAGAGACCGAUGGGUAUGGUAAAUGGAGAGGGUAUUAUUUUGAUGGUAUCCAAUGGCUGAUACAGGCAAUGGGUGAUCCUUACCGUGACUCUCCAGGAUGUCAAAACUCAUUCAUCUUCCAAUGGAAUAAUGAGAACAGCACAUAUGACCAUUUCAAGACCCUCAAGCUGGCGUACGUCCAUGAUGUUGCAUUCUUUGAUCAUGAGGGUUGGCUAUUCAUGGCUGUUAUAACCUCAAACGUUGUAAGAAGUUGUGAAGAGCGCUUUCUCCUCCCUGCUCAACUUGAACCAGCCAAGAAUGAAUCCUUUAACCUUGAUGUAAUCCCAGCAGCUUUUGCAGGAAUCACCAACCGUUUCAUCCUGAUCUAUGUAUGGUCCCCCGUCGUCGAACAAUUCUUCAUCUACCAACGUCUUGCUGGGGUUGGCUCUGUGUCUGUUGACCACUACACUGACCCAAACUCGAACCAACCCUGUUUGGCUGUAGCUAACCAUCGGGCUAUCAUUGGCGGGGAUGUGACGUCAGCAGUCCAGUCGGCAAUAUACUGUAUGGAGUUUGUAGCAUUUGGCUUCAACCACAACCAUGUAAUUGAUACUCUUGGUGCUAUUAAGGUAUAUUACCAUCCAUUUGUCUAUGAUGACAUCCUCCAUCUGGCCGUAGCUAACCGACUAGACACAGCAGAAAGGACUUUCAUGGUUGAGUCUGCUAUCUGGGGUGACUUCGUCAAGGAAGUAGUCAUCACCACAACGGCUGUAGCAGAUGUGGCUGUCAAGGAAUUCCGUGAUACCUACUACGUGGCCUUUGCUAAUGAAUUUGAGGGUCAGUUAGAGUUCGAAGACUACGAAGUGCCUGUAUCUAUUUACACCUAUGUUUAUGAUGCUGAUGGUGAAUCUCAAAUAGAUCUCUGGCAAGAGAUCCCUGCUUUCCGAGUCAAGUCCUUGGAGUUCGUAGUGAUCCAUGACCAGCUCUUCUUAGUUGUCAUCAACCGAACCAGCUCAUUGAAUAUCUUCCGUUAUGAAGGAAUGCAGAAGUUUCAAGUCAUCCACACCAUACCGUUGGAAGGAGCACUUAAUGUGAUUGUCUACCCAUUUAAGAAUGACCCAGAGAUCAUCCACAUAGCUGCCAUGGCAUAUGGAGAAGAACCAGCAGUAUUUGCUGAUGCUGAAGUCACAACGAAAAACAUGAAUUCAUUUAUUCUCCAAUUAUACUUUGAUGGUUUCAAAACAGAUACAACAGGGUGCAGUUGGCCUUGAUGUUAGUGUGUCGUACUCUCGAUUGCUGCUAUCCAGAUCUCGUUGUCUGAAGUGGUUAUGAAUACCAACUACUACACCAAGAUCUUUCAGGGCCUUGCUACCUUGAGUUUUAACUUAUCCUAGACUCACAAAAAAGCAUAAGAAAGUCCUAAUGACAUUGUAUCGUGAUUCAUUUUUCUUUUCCUUUAUUUUCCUUUUCCCUUUUUCUUUUGGACCGAUUUAUUUUUUUGUCAAUUAUGUUGGCUUGGUACAAGUCAUAACAGAUUAUUUUCGUUGAGGUCAUGCUCGAUUUGGAGCAAUGUCAUAAUUAGACAAUAGCAAUCUAUUUUAAAGUAAUUGGCUUGGAAUAAACGGUACUUGUAUGUGGGAGAUUUUUUUUUAAAAACAUCUCCAUAUUUUUGAUGCUUUGAAACUCUUUCAAAUGUUCAAGAUAUUCGCAAAGCGACUGUAGAAUGUAAAAUUCGGCAAUCAAAUUGUCAUAUCCAAUAAGCUCAAAGCUUGUCUUAUCAGAUCAAAGUAAUUGAUGAUGUCAGUGAUUUCUCAUUGACUAAUUUAGUGAUAUAUGUUGUCUUUCCUUGAGAAGUUUGGUGCCUAGCAAACUACAAGCAAACAUUUUAUUAACAUGUAUUUAUAUCAUUCCACUCAAAGUGGACAUUGAUAUCUAUACAUAUCAUGUGAAGGAUUAUUGACAAUUUGAUUGUCAGUUGAGUGAAAUGUAAUUUUGUCAAGUUAGAUUUGGUGUGCUUAAUGUUUUCCGAUAUGAAAUAGAAAAUAGUUUUCAAUGCCAAAAAUGUUUUAAAGAAAAGUUCAAAGUGGGUAGAUACAUGAUUGUUGCAAUUUUAAAUAGUGCCAAAUUUGAACUGUAAUCAAUUUAGAUUUGUAGGUAAUAUGUUAAUUUUCAAUUUCUUCAUUACAUUCAGUUUGAAUAUUGAAGCAUGAACUUAUGACUUUCAUAUUUUCUUUAUAAAAAAAAAACUUUCUUAUAAAAAGGAUCAAGUGUGAAAUAAGUUGGGAUCAGUUGUAUUUAUACUAUUAAAUUUAACAUUAUGAACACUAGAACCAUUCAAAAUAUCUUGAUCUGGUUUCAACUGAUGCCAUUAAUAUUCACUUGUACAAAUGUGAAAAAAUAUAUAGUCUACCUCAGUUUAAGUGACCCCUACAAUCCAAAUUAAUAUUGAUCCCAUUAAUGCACAGUGUAGAAUACAAUCAAUGUUUAUAUCCUAAUAUAUUUCAUAGAUUUUGAAAUAAGUUUCGAAAGAAUAACUUGCUUAACUCCACCCCUUAUAAAAGAGCUCCAACCUGGCAGUGACAUAAUUUGUCACUCUUGGUGUUGUCACUAACAUUUUGCAAUAUAUAAUGUUACGUAACUUAAUCGCGACACAUGCUCGUAAUGAAAUUUCAUGCUUUCUUACAAUACCUCUACAUUGCUUUUUGCUGGUGAUACUACAUGUCUGACAUUGCAUAUUUUAGCUGUGGUAAAAGUUCAUACCACUAUCCCUUUGUUAGCUCACUUAGAAUUUGCUGAUGUCACAGACAGAAUGAGAUCUAGGGUGUUUUUGUAAGGGAGGAAGCUUAGCAAGCUAAAAUAUAUUAUUCCAAAAAUUAUUUUAAAAUCUACAAAACAAUAUACAUGUUUUAACUUAUGAGUAGUAUUUAGCACUGUAUCCGUGGGAAUCAACUUGAAUUUGGAUUGCAGUGUCCUUUGAUUCUAGAAAUGAUUUCUAAUUAAAUUGUGUAAAAUUUGCAAUACAUAUUUUUUUGUAAUGAAUUAAUUGAAAAUUAUAUUUAGAUCUAGACUAUUCAGACAAUGCAUUAUCAAUUAAAACAAAUAUCGAACCAAAAUAUUUAACUUUGUUUAAUAGAUUCCAAUGACUGUAAAUCCAUACAUAUAUAGUUUUAUUAAAUGGAAUAUCAUUCAAGUAUUACUGCUUUGAAAAUAAUAUUCAGUUCUUUGGAUGUUUUAGAUUUUAGUACUCAAAUCGUUCUAGCCAUGGUAUUAUUGAUAUCAACAAUUGUUACUUCAGUUGGUUCUUUAUUUAAAUAUCCAAAAUAGUUAUGAUAUGAUUUGUCAUUUAUGAUUUUUGUUAAUCUUUUUGUUUAUUUCAGAAACAUUGCUUAUGAUUCAAACAGAUAUAUACUAUACAUAAAAUUAUAUUUGGU